UGCAAGCAAACACAUUAACAUACCUCAUUUUCUGAGCACUCCAAAUUAAAAUAUUCCUCACUGUUCCCGUGAAGCUAACGGCGGUUAUUUCUAUAAAAGGAAAGGGGAAGAUUCACACUCACAUCACUCCAAAGCUAUUUCCACAUUGGGGCAGCUAUAUAAGAUUGAAGUGGUUAAGUGCUUUGCUUCAAGCUCAAACAAUUAUCAGAAAGACACAUUUCUCUUCCUUAGAACCCAAAAAAGCAAAUAACCUUGCACCCUCAACAAGCAAUCAAACAUCACAUAAUCACAAUAUAAUUUGCACUGCAGUUUAUCAUACUCACCUAACUUGUGUAAUCUGUCCCCUCAACACAAAUUUUGAAAAGCUUUGGCUGAAAUCCAGAGGAUAUGGAGACAGCCAUUGCAAAAGCUCUUCUAUUCGGUGAGCGGGAAGCUCGGAUUUUCGCCGCCAGGGAAAUCGGCAAGCUUAACUGCAAUGAACGACAGAAGUUAGCCGAAAACGGAGCAAUUCCACCGUUGAUUUUCAUGCUUGAGUCUCAAGAUUAUGAAUCCAUUGAAGCGGCUCUCUUGGCUCUGCUCAACCUUGCCUUUGGCAGUGAAAGGAACAAAAUCCGAAUAGCGAAAUCAGGGGCCACGCAAGCAUUACUGAAGGCCCUCCAAUGGCGGAACGAGUCCCUGCUCGAGCUUGCCCUAGCAGCGCUGUUGAUCCUCUCGUCGUGCGCCGCGAAUAAGCCCGAAAUUGCAUCCUCAGGCGCCGUUCAGCUACUCUUCGAGCUUCUCGACUCAGAAUCCCCAAACGGCGAGGCCAUCGGCCAUCAGGCCAAGCUCGACAUCAUAUCCACACUGCACAACCUCUCAACCUCCCCCGAAACCCUACCGUCCGCAAUCCUCUCCGACGGCUUAAUCCGGCUGAUUCAAUUGAUUUGCGACGCCGAUAAAUCGUCGGAUCUGGCGGAGAAGGCGGUCGCGCUUCUCGAAUCGCUAGUCUCCUCGUCGGAAUCCGCGGUGAGCCGGGUGGCGGAGAUCGGUGGCGCGAUCGGGCUGUUGGUGGAGGCGGUGGAGGAGGGGACGGCGUCGUGCAAGGAGCACGCGGCGGCGAUUCUGGCGGUGAUAUGCGGGAGCUGCCGGGAGAGGUACAGAGGGGUGAUCCUCGGGGAAGGGGCUAUGCCGGGGCUGAUGCAGCUUAGCGUCGACGGCAACCGGCGGGCGAGGGAGAAGGCCAAGACGCUGAUGAAGAUGCUCCGGGAGAGCUCCGACAGCGGGCCGGCUAGGGUUAGGCAUUCGAAGAGCGUUUUGUUCGAAGAGGUUAUGAGGAAGAUCGAUAGAGGGGGAAGGAGAGGGGGUUCUAUUCAGCUUGUGGAGAAGAUGAUUGCCAGGCUCAAGGCAUGAUCGUUGUGUUUCUUAAAUAGAUAUCGUGUUUAGUCUUUGUAGUGAACAGAGUCGAGCCGAAUUCGAACUCUUGAUAUUCGGAUUCGAGCUGAUAAACAAAUGUGAUCUUUCACGAGCCGAAUUAUGCUAAAAAUAAAAAAAAAAUACCAAAAAAUUCAUACAUUUUAAACUUUAAACGAGCUCGAUCGAUACACUCAUGAAUGAAUCGUUUUGCUUAACAAUUGUAUUGGUCUUUUCCCUCCUUUUUUGGAUGUAAAUACACUUUCAAUUAU